UAAUUUUACUUGAUGAAAACAAUAGUGAAGAAGAGAGUUAAUGACUUGAGCCUGCUCAAGGGCGACAAGAAGAGAACUGAGGAAUACAGGAGGAAGGAUACUGGCUUUGGUUGGAGGAAUCAGGACAACUUUGGCUUUGAAAUAAAGAAGAUUGAUGAUGGGUCUAAGCUUGAAUAUUUUCCUGGUAGUUUGCCAGAGACGACUGAUAAUCACGGAAAUAUUCAUAAUCAAAUGAUGAUUUACAACCCUGGAGAGAAUAUUGAAGACAAUGACUUCAGAAUUCCAAACGAUAGUAUAUACAAGCAGCUACAAGGAAAACACUUUGAGGAUGCUAAAGAAGACAAUUUCAAAGAACCAAAGGCUCUUAUAUGAAUUACAAGCUACCAAGAAGAAUGGCCUAAAGUCCUUCAAACUAUUUGAGGUUGUAUUCGAAACAUAUUUGAAAUGCAUGCAUUUUGACUAAGCACUGGGCUUGAAGAUUACAACGCAGAUAACUUUGCAAUUGUACUAAUGCAAGAUGGAAUUGACAAACUCUCUCUUCCUUUUGAAAAAGAGUUGAUUGAAAACAAUCUGUUUGAUCCAGAAAUGUGCAAGCAUAUAGUUGCAAAGACAGAGCAUUAUAAACAAGUUAAGAAGAAUUUUACUAAAACCAAGACUACUCUAAUUUCUUCUCGAGAGCUAGAAGAGGAAAAUAAGAAUAGGGACUCAGGAGAAGAGUUAGAACGAAGAUUCUAUGAUUAUGCAACCACGAAUAUACUUCACACUUUUGCUACUAAAAUCAAUGGUAAAAGACUUAAGUUGAUGAUCGAAAAUUGAAAGAAUGAUGAAGGAGAAGGCCUGGAUCUUCAUCAGUCAUUGGGAGAAGGAAAGACACCAUAUGAUUUUUGUAUUGAUCCUCUUCAGAAUAAGGAAAAUAUUCCAGAAAUAAGAUUCUUCUUUGCUGCUAAACAUGAGAAUACUGGAAAAGUAGAGUCUCAUAUGAUGUUCUUUAAGGGGUUCUGUGAUCCUAUGAACCCCCGAUAUUGCCAGUUGAUAAAUGCAGGAGUGGUUCCAAAGCCAAGAAGUAUUUCUCAUUUCAUAAAAUAUCUUGACUCUUUCCUAAAUUGCGGAGGCGUCUCUGGCGAGCAGGAGGUGUAUAACCCGGGGUACAAUAAUCUGAAGCAUGACUGGUGGAGGAUUACCAAAAGAAUUGAAGUCAAGAACCUUAACCAAGCUUUGGAUUUAGAAAUUGAAGAAAACCAAGAAUAUGAAGGAAAUGAAUUGUCAAAAGAUGAGAGAGAGCUUAGGAGAAAAUUAAAAGAGUACAAACAAAAGAUAGACAAAAAUCAAUAUGUAAAGAUAAGUGACUUCGAAUGGUACGGAAAAUACACAAGGAAUUUUUAUCAUAUCCUUGAAGCUUAUAUCAUAACCCUUGCUCAGUAUAUUGAGUAUAAAAUUGACUUCUAUUUAAACAAAUCUUUUGAGUCUACUUUUGGAUUUGCUUCUAUUCUUCCGUCAGCAUUCUGAAUGAUAAGAUGGGAAGCUCUUAAAGGAGAACCAUUAAAGGAACUUUAUAAGAAUUCCAAAUCAGGAAAUAAUACAGCCCAACAAGCCAUUCUUUCUGUGGCUCAAGACAGAGUACUUUGCUUUGAAAUUCUUAAGAAACAGUCUUCAAAUUAUUCUUUAAGAUAUCUUCCUGGUGCUAAAGCUCUAACUGACUGUCCAGAGAGCAUUAUUGGACUUAUUGAUCAGAGACGGAGAUGGAUAAAUACUAAUAUGUCUGGCUCUUGGUAUAUUAUUAGCAAUCUUGGCAUGAUCUCUCGUUCAAAACAUGGAUGUUGAAGAAAAUUCAUUUAUGGAGCCCUCUACUUCAAUAUGCUUUACGACCUGUUGUUCAAUUUGGUCUUAGUUGGAUCUCUAUAUGCAGCAUUUACUACUUUCUCUAAAAGAAUGUUUGAUAGAGAUGACGAAACUUGCAACGACUUGACACUAUCAAGAAUCUUUGACGUUAUUUAUAUUGUACUCGCUUACUCCUUUUGUUCGAUGAGUCUAACCAAACCAAUUGAAAGAUCUACUUACACAUACUCAAUACUAACAAUUAUUUUAUGCUCGCUGGUGGCUGCAGGGUUUGGAAUCGGAUUAAUUUUUAUGGUUCAGGAUGAUAUUAACAUUUAUUCAUUAAGCAUUGUAGGAUUUGCCUUAAUUUGAUACUUUGUCCUCCCAUUCAUCCCUCAUUUAUGAGAUUUCAACUGGAUAAAGUACAUUUUAGCCGUUCCAAUAUUGUUAUUCUUGACUCCUUUGUACGUUAGCGUAAUGACGAUUUUUGCUUUUUCAAACACUCAAGAAGUAAGUUGGGGUAAAAGAGCAACAACAGAAAACAUUUCAGAUGAAACCAAGAAGAGUCUAGAACAGUUCAGAGCAGGGUUCCUAAUGCUAUGGAUUUUAUCAAACACUGCUUAUAGUUAUGGAACAUUAUAUCUCGAUCAGGAUCAGAGAAACUAUUACAUUCUAGUGAUAUCGCUGCUAUUCAGCAUUCCAAUAAUUGUGAAGGCCUUCUUCGCUCUGUUCUAUUACUGCAUAUACUAUCCUUGUUAUAUAAGGUGUGUUAUUAACGGACUCGUGAGCAGAAGAAAGAAUAGUGAAUAAAAAGUAUUAAAAAAUAUAAUGAAUUUUCAAUGAUGC